AAAAAAAAAAUGGCAAUGAUAAGGAAAUGAGUUGAAUCGGAAAAUCAAAUCCACAGCGGCAAAGAAAAGAAGAUUUAAGACAAAAAAAGAAUCACUUCCAACUCUUGAAGAUUUUUCACACUUGCCGGUGAAGAUAAGGAAAGGAGUUGGAUGGGAAAAUCGAACGCACACACAGACAAAAGAUAAGAAGGUAUAACUACAAAAAGCUGUAACAUGUUGGAGGACAUCAUCUUAGAGGCCAUACAGAAAAUAGAACUUUUUCUGGUCGGCACUCCGACUAGUGACAUUACUGAUGACAAGGGGGUCCUGGAAGCGGCACUGAAUGAGCUGAGAACGAUGCUGGAUUUGUUGAGAGGGAAAGAAUCGGGAGAGAGAAGCAGGCUAAAUUAUUUGCUAGCUGACUACACCGAGUUUGUUCAACGUAUAAUACUCAGGGCAGUUGAUAUUGGCACAGAAUUUAAAACCCGUGACCUGUCUGUUAUACUAUACUUACUGAUGAAGACAAGAGAGCGCGUGAUGGAGUUUGGAAAUGGUGAGCCGCAAAGUGUUGGAGAAGAAUUAGGCGUGGUGGUGGGCUUGGAGAAAGACGUGCAGCAGCUCGUUGGUAGAUUAAUUCUUGACGAGAGACCGGAAAUCUUGAGUUUGUGUAUCAAAGGCAUGCUUGGUGCGGGAAAGACAACUCUCGCCAAACAAGUAUACAACCAUCCGGCUAUCGUUGAGAAAUUCAAGCACCAUGCUUGGGUAAACAUGUCUUGUGACACGAGUGUGCAUGAGGUGCUUGUGGAACUCAUACACCAGUUGGCGGAACUUGAUGCGCCCAAGGAAAUGGACAAUCCGAGUCUUCGACGAAUGCUUUGCCAAAACAUGGAUGGAAAGCCAUGUUUUAUAGUCCUCGACAACAUGCCAAAAGAAUUAUAUCAUGUUUGUAUCUUUAUGGAGGAUCAGCUAACAGUAACAGGUGGAUCUAGGUUGUUGAUCACCAGUAGGCAUCAGAUUCUUGGAGAGGUCUAUACUACGAACGAGAUUAAACCUUUGGAUUCGGAAAAGAGCUGGCAAUUGUUUUCAAAAACAUUUGAUAAAUGUACAGGUGUUGAAAACAUAUUCUCAAAUGACAUGAAGAGGAAAGGGAAAGAGAUGUUGGCAAAAUGUUGGGGUUUGCCGCUAGCUAUAAUAAAUGUUGCAAGGCAGAAAGCAAAGCAAAGACUUUCAGGGAUUGAAUGGGAAAAACUUUUUGAUUCAGUUGAUUUGAGUGAAUCAUUGAAGUUAUUGGAACCCAUGUAUGAUAACUUGGAUGAAGAACUGAAGGCAUGUUUCUUGCAUAUGUUCUUUUUUAAGGAAAAUGCAAUCAUGAGACAAGAAAAGUUGGAACACAUUUGGGCUAUAAAUGGUGUAAGCCUAGAAAGAUCUGUACCAUAUCGUAUCAGUGCAGAGGCAAGAGACAUGUCAGUAUCAUGUGUACACGAAUUAGUCACUGAAUCCAUUACUGAAAUUGUGCAUGAUUUCCGAUAUAAGGUUGAAGUAAAAAGGUGUCGCAUGAAUCCUUUACUACACAUGCUAUCCAUCAAAAUAGCAGAGGAGGAACUGGGGCUUGAGAUAUUGAGGAAUAACGCAAAUGAUCGAUUCUCUCAGAAUCCUCGUCAUCGUGUUAUCCAUUGUGGGAGAGAAAAAUUUAAUCACUUCCAGAAUCAAGGCAAAAAUCUUGUAUCUCUCAUCUUUCAUGGAGGUGGGAGAUACUUGGACGAUGCCAGCAUGUCUUAUUGGAGGAGUUUUGAACUCCUUAGUAUACUCGACAUGGAAGAUUUUGGGGUGAAAUCUGUAUCAGAAACUAUCGGCACAUUGAUUGGGUUAAGGUAUUUGGGAUUGAGAAACAACUACAUACAAGAGAUCCCACACUCGUUUGGGGGCUUGAAAAAGCUUGAGGUUUUUGAUAUAGUGCUAAACUUUAUGGUGGAGGUGCCGGAUAUUAUCAACGAAAUGGGCAGCCUUCGUCAUCUCUACAUGUCAGAUGUGAUUUGCUGUGAGCCUUUGAAUGUAGAUGCGCUACAUAAUCUCAAGACCCUAACCUACAUUUCGAUUUAUGAUUUGAUGUAUGAGGUCUCGAGGUUGGAGAAGAUGACAAGUCUCCGUAAAUUGGGCAUUGAAGAAGUUGAUGAAAACUCAGACGUAAGCAAACUCUUUGCAUCACUGGCUAGGUUGAGUAAGUAUGAAUGUCUUAUCUUGAGAGGGUUUCGUUUCAAUAUUAUGCCAUGUUUGGACGAGAUCGGUGUUCUAGAUAAACUCAUAAAACUGAGACUCGAUGGACGCCUAACUAGGCUACCGAGUGCCAUUAAAUGUCUUGGAGGUCUUACUUACUUGGUCUUAGUUAAUACUUGUCUUGAGGAAGAUCCGAUGCCCGUAUUAAAGUCUAUACGGUAUCUACAAGUUAUCAAACUGCGUAAUGCAUACACCGGUCGAAAAAUGACGAUUGGGCCGAACUACAUAGGUUGUCUCAAAGUCCUGCGCAUCAACGAGUUGUGGAAUUUGAGAGAUAUUCAGGUUGAAUAUCUUGCGUGUCUGGAAGAACUAGAAAUUAAGAAUUGUCCACUCAUUAAGACCCUUCCGGAUGAUAAUAAGUCGUUAUCGGGUUUAAAGAAGUUAAAGAUGGUAACAACCAAAGACAUUGCAACAAAGAUCAGAAAGUUGGACUUCAUCUCCAAAAUAGCAAAAGUGGAUAUUAGUCCAUAAUUUUCAGCAUCAAACGAGGCAAGCAUCACCUACUGCAGGUUUUAUCUGAAUUAUUUUUCUCAAUUUUAUUUAAUUAAUGUAAUCGAGUCGAGCAUGAAGUAUAAGCUCAAUUCUAGGUUUUCUUUGACGGUUCUUUCCUGGAAUGUAAAAAAGAGUCGAACCGCAUAUGUGUACAUAUUUAUGAUAGGGCUAUUGUAUUCCAUUAUCAAACUAUAUGCAAUUUACUUUCUUUU